GGUGGCUGCUGCUGUUUGUUUCACUGGAGCAUUUCUCUCUAGCAGAGGACUUUGGAAUGCAGUUUGGUAGCUCAGUUUAAAGAGGAAGUUUUCCCAUUUGGUUUGAUUUGCAGUAGUUUUUAUUUGUUGUUGUGAAGGCGGUUUAACUCCAGUGCCGCAGAGAGAAAGAGUAUGUGUGUGUGUGUGUGUUUUAUUUCUUUAGUCUGAUCAACUAGCAGCAAAGAAACAGCAGUGACAUGCAGGCCAUAAAGUGUGUAGUGGUCGGAGACCGGGAAGCCGGAAAAACAUGGCUUCUGAUCAGCUACAGCAGCAACCCCUUCCCCAAAGAGUACACCUCCACAAUGUAUGAUAAUUAUUCUGUAACUGUAAUGGUAGAUGGGAAGCCAGUGAACCUGGGGCUGUGGGACACAGCAGGACGGCAGGACUACGACAGACUGAGACCACUCUCCUAUCCUCAAACGGACGUGUUUUUAAUUUGUUUCUCGCUGGUGAGCCCUGCCUCGUUCGAGAACGUCAGUGCCAAAUGGUAUCCUGAGGUCAGACAUCACUGCCCCAACACCCCAAUCAUUCUUGUUGGGACCAAGAUCGACUUAAGAGACGACAAGGACACUAUUGAGAAGCUGAAAGAAAAGAAACUCAUUCCCAUUACUUACCCACAAGGCCUUGCUAUGGCUAAAGAAAUAGGUUCUGUGAAAUAUCUGGAAUGCUCAGCCUUAACUCAGCAUGGUGUUAAGACAGUGUUCGACGAAGCCACCCGUGCAGUCCUGUGCCCACCGCCGGUCAAAAAGCCAAAGCCAAAGUGCCGUCUCCUCUGAAGAGGUCGUCCAGAAAGAACUAUCUGCAGUCUGCACUCGCCUGAGGAGAGGUUUCAGGAACAGUGGGGAGGGAGGACGUGUUAGGAGAAAGAGGGAAGACUCUAUGAACCAUACCCAUACAUCUCUCUUACUUACAUAUUGUAGUUAUAAUUAGAUUUGCUCCUCUGAGUCUGUUUUAGGAUCCUAGAGAUGGGGAUGUGUUUCCUCGUUAUGUCCCUUCACACUAAGUAAUUCCUGCUGCCUUUUAAUAAUGUGUUUUUCGUGUUUAUGUAAUGGUAAACCAAAUGAUCCAUUAUUUCAUCCAUCAGAGCCUAUAUAUUGUGUUUAUACCCUGAAAAUGAAAAUGAAAAGUUACCAAAAAUGCAAACCUGCUUAAAAUAGCUUUUAAUUAUUUUCUAAACACUUUUUUUUUAAGUCAAAUCCCUUGCUUUGUAGGAAGAAGUCCACAAUUCAGAAGUUGCUGAGUGCUUACUUAGAUAGAUAGAUGUACUUUAUUGAUCCCUGAGGGGAAAAUUGGGAAUCACUUUUAGGAUUUUAAAAGUUUUAUUAGUUUACUCAUUAUUUAGUGUACAUAUUGGGAUCAAACAUUUGGUACAUAAAUGUUACACUAGAAAAAGUCAGUUUUCACUCACUCUCAUCUGAGCACUCUAAAUUACAAAACAUUAUUUGGCUCAAUGCUUAUUAAUAUGUGCUGCAUUUACUAUGCAGUCAUUGUCAAAGACGGUUUUAUUCCCACAGUAUUGUAUUAACAAUAUUCUCUGGAAAUGAAAAACAGUGUCCUUUGUCCUAAGCUUUAGUGAUUUUAUUCAAGUGUUAAUCAGUUAGUUCCUCUGAAAUCAGUUUCCACUGUCACGAUUAUGCCUGUUGAAUAGAGAUUUACUUCUUGUGCUCAGUUUUAGAAAUUAGAGUUGUUCUCUGUAACAAAUGCCGGCUGGUGACUCUUCAUAUUAUGUCCUUCACUGGCUGCUCUUCCACUCGUCAAACACAAGCUUAGCAGCAACUGCAUUGCAAAAGAGAAACCAUACUUAAUCCAUUUCAGUUUACACCCAGCAGCUCAACUUUAUUUCAACACUUGCCUCAUAGUUUUUGCCAAUUAUUUAUAAGCAUGGAUGAGCAACAAGCAGAAACAGAUCUUACCAAAUAUACUUCAGUAUGCUUAUUCAGUAAUUUCUAAUGGAGUUCUAAAACUGAAUCAUCAUUAGCUGGAAACAGUUAAGCCUUAAAUAGAGCCUAAAAGUCCCUUUAUUGCCUCAGGGGAAACAAAAAAGUAAUUAAAGCUGCAAGCAGCAUUUUCGGGGGCCAAGCGCCCAGACUCGGUGAGCCGCACAUUCACAGACGUGGUACAAUUUUUGCCUAAGCAAUCACAGGAAAGCAGAGCCAUAACUUUAGGCAAAGGGAUUCAGGAGUGAUUUGUAUUUUCUCUCAUGAUGUGUAAGUUUUGACUAUGGACAGUGGUGGAAUUCUCUGACUGUAGGAGGAAAGAUCUAGAUGAACAAAUGCAGCUACCACUACUGCUGCGACCUGUGGCGUUGUCUGUUGGUACUUUGAUCUGUGGUCCUGAUUGCUACUGCUCUGACCUGAAAAUUUUUUUCUUCUUGCAAUUUAAAAACAUCUAAGGUAUUUAUGUUUUUUCUGAUCAGUCUGGGCCUUUUUCCCCCCACUUUGUGCAAGUAUAUGCACCAAACUUAUAUCUGUCUUAUAUUUUUUUAAAAUUGAAAAUUGCCCAAUAAAACUGCUUGUCUGUUUAAUAUUACAUUGAACAGCUAGAAUGGCAGUGGACAGCUGUUUAGACAGGUCUCAAGAUGAUGUGAGCCACAUUUGGUGAAGACUGGAUAAAAUUUGGAGGAGGAGUAGCAAUAACGACAUUUAGAGGGAAGCAUUUUUGUCAUAUUACUGUAACUUUUGACCAGUAGGUGGUGCUGUCACAAAAUUUGUUGCAUAGCCUCAGGUCAAGAUGCCUACCAUACCAGUCAGUGAGCAAAGUUGUUGCUGAGAUACAGCCUCACUUCAUGUUUGGCAGCUUCACUGUCAGAUUCAUUGGCCCAUUAUGGACAAGCAGAUUGGAAUAUUCAAAAUUCUUUUGAUAGGUUUUAUGAGGCUUACUCUGAAGAUGAUGUCUGCCAUGUUUGGUGAUGUUUUGACAAAAUUUGUAGGAGGAGUAGCCAAAAAACAGUUUAUAACAAUAGCGUGCAAUAACAAUAGGUAGAAUAACAAUAGCGUGCCUACGCACCUUUGGUGCUUGGCCCCCUAAUAAUAAGAAAAGGUAGAAUAACAAUAGGGUUCCUACGCUCCUUUGGUGCUUGGCCCCGUAAAUAUCAAUUCGUCUAUCAAAGAGCGAACAUUGGUGAGACUUAGUAGUUACAAUUAUAUUUAUGGCAUUUGGUAGACGCCCUUAUCCAGUGCGACUUACAAAAGUGCUUUGAAGUCUAUCAAAAAUACAUUCUGAUACUGGCUCACUAGGUCACAAACUAGGAAUACCAUCAGUCCAAAGAUUCUGUUGGGGAGGUAAUAGACAAGUGCUCAGACAAUACAAUUUUUUUUAAGUGCUAAUUUAAGUACUUUAGGAAGAGGUAAGACUUUAGAUGUCGUUUGAAGACUGCCAGUGACUCAGCUGUUCGGACAUCUAGGGGAAGUUCAUUCCACUACCUAGGUGCCUUAACAGAGAAGAGUCUUGUAGCCUGGCAGAUGGUGGGACCAGUCGAGUAGUGCUAGAGGAUCGGAGGGAGCGUGAUGCCGUGCGGGAUGUGAUAAGUGCUUUGAGAUAAGUGGGUGCUGGUCUGUUUUUGGCUUUGUAGGCAAGCAUCAGUGUUUUAAAUCUGAUGUGGGCAGCUACAGGAAGCCAGUGGAGGGAGUGUAGUAAUGGGGUGGUGUGGGAGAACUUAUGUAGGUUGAAAACAAGUCGUGCAGCUGCAUUCUGGAUCAGUUGCAGAGGACGAAUGGCGCUCAGAGGCAGACCUGCCAGGAGUGAGUUGCAGUGGUCCACUCUUGAAAUGCCAAGGGACUGAACAAGCACCUGUGUGGCCUGUGUGGAAAGAAAUGGAAAAAUUCUUCUGAUGUUAUAAAGUAGAAAUCAGCAUGUGUGUGUCAGAUUAGCAAUGUGAGAGGAAAAGGACAGUUGAUUGUCCAUUGUUACCCCAAGGUAGUAACUGAAUGCGAAAUCAGAGAGUUGUCUAGGGAGAUUGCAAGAUCCUGAGAUGGGGAUGAAUCACCUGGGAUAAACAGCAGUUCAGUUUUGCUGCUAUUAAGUUUCAACUGAUGAGCUGUCAUCGAUGAUGAGAUGUCUGCCAGACAUGCUAAUAUCUGAGCAGAAACAUGAGUGUUUGAGGGAGGGAAGGAGAAGAUGAGUUGAGUGUCAUCCGCAUAGCAGUGGUACGAAAACCCAUGUGAGGAUAUGACCACACCAAAAGAUGGAGUAUAGAGGGAGAACAGGAGAGGACCAAGUACUGAGCCUUGUGGGGCACCAGUGGAGAGUCUACAGGGAGCAGAUGUGGAUCCCCAUCCAUGUCACCUGAUAUGACCGACCUUCCAGGUGGGUAGCAAACCAUUGACAUGCUGCACCACGAAUUCCUAGGCUCAUGAGGGUGGACAAGAGACCCUUUGGUUCACUGUGUCAAAUGCUGCUGAAAGGUCAAGGAGGAUGAGGACUGAAGACAGUUUGGCUGAUCUAGCAGCAUGUUGCUUCUCAGUGAUGGCCAAAAGGGCAGACUCUGUGGAGCCAGACUGGUUGGGAUCUUGUAGGUUGUUCUUUGAGAGAUAGAGAGACAGUUGAUUGUAGACAGUACGUUCGAGGGUUUUAGAAAGAAAAGAGUGAAGUGAUACUGGUCGGUAGUUGUUGAUGUCAGAGGGAUCCAGACUGGGUUUCUUCAGGAUGGGAAUAACCCUUGUUCUCUUAAAUGAGGUUGGUACAUGAGCAGAUGUUGUGGAGCCAUUGAUGAUAGUAUCAUAAAAAGUGGCAGUCAGGGAGGAUGGACCAGGAGGAGCUGGGGGGUUGAGUAGUGAAGAAAAGAUGUUGUGGAGCUUGCAAGGAUCUUGUGCAGAGGUUUCCAGCUUUUCCUUGUAGAAGGCAUUCUUAGCAGAAGUCACUCCAACCUGAGUGACUACCGGCCAGUUGCACUCACACCAGUAGUGAUGAAGUGCUUUGAAAAACUGGUCUGGAGCCAUAUCACAUCACUCCUGCCCCCAAGUUUUGAGUUUUGAUCACCAGUUUGCCUACAGGGGAAACAUCCACAGAGGACGCUGUGGCCACAGCCCUCCAUGCUGCGCUGUCCCACCUGGAGCAGCAGGGGAGCUACGUUCGGAUGCUCUUUGUGGAUUACAGCUCGGCAUUCAAUACCAUCCUUCCCUACAAACUGGGGGAGAAACUCGAGAACUUGGGGUUUCCACAUUCCAUCUGCAUGUGGAUUAACA